AUGUAUUACAAGCGCAAAACCCGACCUUUUUCAACAGCGUUGUUCCUAAUUACUGCGACAUAUAUCCUAUUCUUCUGGCUACCCUCGACAUCAUAUUACCGCCGUCUACCAAAACCGAUCUCUAGAAAAGACACCACUGUCCGCAAAGAUGCCAUUCGCUUAAAUAAAGUCACAGAGCACUACCCCGUGACAGAAUUCAUCCCGCUGCCAACAAGUCCAGCUUCCAUCCCACACAUCCAAUAUGACUUCCCACCAGAAUCCAACACCGAGCGCAAAUCAAGACUGAAGAAGCAAAGGGCCAUCAAGGAGGCAUUCAUGCAUUCCUGGAAUGGAUAUAAGGAAAAUGCCUGGCUCAGAGAUGAAGUGAAACCCAGGACCGGAGGGUAUCAGGAUACCUUCAAUGGGUGGGGCGCCACACUUGUUGACUCCCUCGAUGCGCUGAUUAUUAUGGGUCUGGAUGAUGAGCUUGAGCUGGCCCUCGAGGCUCUGGAGGAAAUCGACUUUACAACGACGACUAGUAAACAAGUCCCAGUUUUCGAGAUCAUUAUUCGGUAUAUGGGUGGCUUUAUUGCUGCUCAUGAUUUGACGAAUGGCAAGCAUCCGGUGCUCUUGAAAAAGGCCGUGGAGCUGGGUGAGAUGAUUUUCAAUGCGUUUGAUACGCAUAAUCGCAUGCCCCAGAUGCGCUGGGAGUGGAUGAAAUCUGCCAAGGGCGAGGAAAUCAAGCCUUCUCCUCGCAGCAGUUUGGCGGAAAUCGGCUCCCUCACAAUGGAAUUCACCCGCCUAACCCAGUUGACAGGAGACCCUAAGUACUAUGAUGCCGUGCAGCGCAUCAUGAACGAGCUCGAGAUCGGACAAGACAAGACCCGACUGCCCGGAAUGUGGCCAACAUGGAUCAAUACCGACAAAAUGGGAUUCGACGACUCAGAAUUCACCAUCGGCGGAUGUGCCGAUUCCGCAUACGAGUACUUCCCUAAAGAACACAUUUUACUGGGGGCACAGACAGGCCAAUACCGCCGAAUGUACGAAAAAGCCAUCGAAACAUUCAACGAGAACCUGCUCUUCCGAGCAAUGACCAAAGACGAGGAUCAGCAUAUUCUCUUCGCUGCAAAUAUCAUCGCUAUGAGAGGUAACGCAAAGACGUUCCAGUACUCGCCUGACCACCUCAAGUGUUUCAUGGGCGGCACUGUGGCAAUCGGAGCAAAGGUUUUUAACCGGCCGCAGGAUAUGUAUGUUGCCAAGGGGUUGACGGACGGUUGCGUCUGGGCGUAUGAUGUUAUGCCAACGGGCAUCAUGCCAGAGGUGUUCAAGGUCAGUCCUUGCCGACACCACGAUGACUGCCCGUGGGAUGAAGAGCAAUGGUAUGAGGAUGUGCUUUCGCGGUCUAUCGACAACGAGGAAAUCAGAGAGAGAGCCGCUGAUCAGAUCGAGGCUCAUCGACUGCCGCCCGGUGUUACUGAUAUCCGUGAUGCGUCGUAUAACCUUCGACCUGAGGCACUCGAGUCUGUUUUCAUCAUGUAUCGGAUUACUGGAGACAAGACUCUUCUGGAUACUGCGUGGCGCAUGUUCCAGAACAUUGACAAGGCGACUCGGUCUAAUUUUGGUCAUUCUUCUAUCAAUGAUGUGCGCGAGAGCAAACCGAAACAGAAUGAUAAGAUGGAGAGCUUUUGGUUGGCUGAGACUUUGAAGUAUCUCUAUCUCAUCUUCUCGGAGCCAGAUCAUAUAAGUCUGGACGAUUAUGUUCUGAGCACCGAGGCGCAUCCCUUCAAGCGGGCAAACGCUUCUCAUUCUUGA